AGGAAAUCAACAAUGUUUGUAAUGAAGAACAUCAGACUCUGAGCUGUAACCUGAAUUCUUGUCCAAAAUUCAGCACACUGGCAGCGAGCACACGACACAGACUGCCACUUGGCCUGUCGACGUCUUUGAGACACACUUGCCCACCUAGGAAGGCACAGUGCAGGUACCUGUGUGUUCUGCCACUUGGGUGCCAGCCCGGAUCAGCUCACAGACGGCCCCGCCUGUCCCCUUGGGCUCCUUGUCUUCAUUCACUCGGGGCCCUGCGCACCCUGAGUUCUCCGUGCUUGCUGGAAUGGUGAGCUUGUCGGCCACAGACUGUUACAUUGUGCACGAGAUCUACAAUGGGGAGAACGCGCAAGACCAGUUUGAGUAUGAGCUGGAGCAGGCCCUGGAAGCCCAGUACAAGUACAUCGUGAUCGAGCCCACCCGCAUCGGCGAUGAGACCUCGCGCUGGAUCACUCUGGGCAACUAUCUGCACAAGACCACCGUGCUGGCAGGCACCGCUUGCCUCUUCACCCCACUGGCACUGCCCCUAGAUUACUCCCACUACAUCUCCCUGCCCGCGGGCGUGCUGAGCCUGGCCUGCUGCACCCUCUACGGCAUCUCCUGGCAGUUUGACCCCUGCUGCAAGUACCAAGUGGAGUACGACGCCUAUAAACUGUCCCGCCUGCCCCUGCACACACUCACCUCCUCCACCCCCGUGGUGCUGGUCCGGAAGGACGACUUGCACAGAAAGAGACUGCACAACACGAUAGCGCUCGCCGCCCUGGUGUACUGUGUAAAGAAGGUGUACGAGCUCUACGCCGUAUGAUCGCACGCCCCGAGGGAGCAGGCAGCCGGCCCACAGGAGACAGCAGAGUAUGCAGGUCGCACAGGAACAUUUUUUUGCUCCAUGAGGCAAUGGAGCCUGGGAAGGUGUUUGGUUUAAUAGUUGUUAUUUUUUAAAAAUAACACAGAUCACAAAUGUACCAAGGGUUUUUUCAACUCGCCUCACUAAGCUGUGGAUUUCUGCAACCCACAGGGAGUCUGAUGAGGCCAUGUUCUGACUGGGCAUGGAAUGUUGAUGGGAGCUGAGGGGGGUGAGUGUGCUGGGGUGGAGUCUUGAAGUUUAUUGUUUAACUACCUUCCAGAGCCAACCAGAAGCAAUUGACCAUUAAAAUGAUGAGAAUUUCAA